GAAUUUUUCGUUGCGUCGUCUCCAUUUUGCAGUGCAGCAGGCCGCAUUGAAAAAAUUUUAUUGUGCGAAAAAACAUUAUAGUUGAUAUAAUGAAAUAGAAAUAUGUGAAAUUUUAUCAUUCAAGUUGUUAAAAUAUUUCAGCAAAGUUCAUAAUACAGAAUUUGCAAGGUUUGAGGUUAAUUUGUGUAUUUGAAAAGCAAAUGUGGUUUUACUUACCCCCGCCUCUUAUCUUUUUCUGUUCUUAACGCUGUAUUUUACGCUUGCCGCCGUGUGCGUAUCUGAAGCCCCAGUUGCCGGGCGCAACUUCCGUGAAGCAGAAAUAGCUAAUUGAGGGCCUAAUUAAGAACAAGGUAUAUAAUUGCAGUAAGUGAGUUAAGUCCAUCGUUAAAGGAAAUUGUUUAAAAUUUGUCAUGUUGAGAGGGUGUUUGUUGGUGGAUAUCUAAUAAAUUGUAAGAAUACACUCGGAACUGCUGAACGAAAAAAAAAUACACAGCUCCAAAAUGAUGUUCACGGGCACUACUCAGCAGCAGGACACUCGCUUCAGCGACAAAGAGAAAAAAUUAAUGAAGCAAAUGAAAUUCGGCGAUUGCCUAAAUAAGCGUGUGGAUAUGUCUAAGGUGAAAUUGGAUGUAUUGCGUCCAUGGAUCAGCAAAAAAAUCACGGAUAUUUUACACAUUGAAGACGAUGUCGUCGUCGAAUUUGUCUACAACCAAUUGGAGGAAGAAAAGUUCCCGUGUCCAAAAAAAAUGCAAAUUAAUAUGACUGGCUUUUUAAAUGGGAAAAAUGCGCGACAGUUUAUGGGUGAAUUAUGGUCAUUGUUACUGUCAGCUCAAGAAAGUGAAAGUGGAAUACCAGCCGAGUUUAUUCAGCAAAAGAAAGACGAGAUACUUAAGAGAGAAGAGCAACAACGUCAAAAUGAUCGCUCCCGUUCACGCGAUAGGGAUAGAGAAAGAGAUCGUGAUAGGGAUAGGGAUAAUGAACGUGAUCGAGAUCGUGACAGUCGGCGCAGUGGUAGAGAUCGUUCCAAUGAUGGCCAACGUGAUGAUAUGAUGAGUCAACGUGAGCAGCAGUUGCCGCCAAGCACAUUACAAGCGAUCGAGCAGGUUAGGUCACAAUUAUCAGCUAAAUCUAGAUCGAAUUCGGCUGAAGAAACUAAUUUAGGUAACAUUUCCCAAAGCAAGCAUAUUGAGGGGGGUAGUGCAGCUAGUGCGAGUGCUGCGGCAGCAGCAGCAGCUGCAGCUAUACUACGCGAUCGUUCCAGGUCACCAAAUGCUAACUCUAGAACAGCAGCUGCAGAAGCGGCAGCAUCGAAAAUACGUAAUCGAUCACCGCGUAAACGCUCCAGAGAGAGAUCAACAACACGAAAAUCUUCACAUGAACGUAACUCUUCGCCGCAACGACGUCGAAAUUCACCGAGAGAUAGACGUCGAUCCUCACGAUCACCAAGGCGAAGAUCACCUGGCGGAGACCGACGUCGUCGACGUAGUACUCGUAGUCGUACCAGAGAUCGUAGUGUAAGACGAGCUGCAAGUAAGAAACGUCAGAUAUCACGCUCACUUUCACCUCAAAAACGUCAAAGUCCAAAACCAAGAGGUCGCCGUUCCAAAGACAGACGGUCAAGAUCAAGAUCACGUUCACGUUCAAAGUCGCCAGCAAAGCGCAAGCCAUCACCAGCGCCAAACCGAAAUUCAAAAACAGCAAAUUCGUCACCCUAUCGUAAGCGUUCAGCUUCACGACACUCCAAUCCAAAUACACCAGUUAAUGGACAUGAAGACGGGGGUAAUGCUAAAAAGCGUGAUGGAAGAAAACGUUCGCCGUCUCCAAAUCCUAGUGAAAGCUCCCGUGCAUCACCUGCAGAAAUUAGAGCAGCAGCUCGUAUACAAUCCAAAGGCCGUUCUCGUUCAAGAUCUGCAAGCAAAAGAUCGGUAAGGGGCGCUGCUUCUUCACGGUCACGUUCAAGGUCAUCAUCACGAUCAUCCAGAGCAUCAGUACGCUCAAAUAAAAAAGUUAUAAGACGUUCAAGCUCUCGAAAUACGAGUCUUUCCCCGUCACCUGAACGUAAAGAGGAUUUUGAAAUACGCCGUAAUAAGAAUAGUGUACAAAAGAAGCGACAUUAUCGACACAAUCGUGAUUCUUCUGCAAGUUCCAUCGACAGAGAUCGCGAUCGUGAACGAGACGGUGGCCGUAGAAUGAUGGGUGAUAACAGGGGUAGGCGAGGAGACAUGCCUGGCAGACGAUUCUCGCCACACAAUCGUAGUCCGCGUAUUGAUGGAGGCGGUGGUCGCAAUCAACGCUCACGAUCUCGGCGUCGUUCAAAAUCUCGUAACCGUUCCAGGUCCCGCAAUCGAUCUCGUUCACCAAUGCGACGCUCCCGUUCUCCGCGACGUUUCAAUCGCCGUCGUUCGCCGAUGAUGCAUUUCCGCGGACGAGGUGGUGGAAAUAAUCGCGGUCGCAUGAACUUCUGGCGUCGCAGUCCUAGCUGGAAUCGUGGCGGCGGAGGCGGUGGUGGAGGCGGACGCUUUGACCGACGUUUCUCACCUCAACGCAGAUUCUCGCGUGAGCGCGAUCGUCGCAUGUCUCCAAUGCAAAACCAAUUUCGUAAAUUUUCACCUCAAAGGCGAUUCUCGCCACCACAAAAUAUGCAGUACCAAAGACGGUCCAGAGAACGGCGAUUUAGCCCGGGUCCACGAGAUCGUCGACCAUCCUCGCCGAUACGUGACAACUCUCGUGAUCGCGGUGGUGGCGGUAACAAUUUCAAUCGGUGGGAUCAAAACAAUCGUAAUGUUCCAAAGCCCAAAUCUAGAUCUUCAAGUUCGAAUUGGGAAUUGGACGAUGAACAGGCUCCCCAAGGAGUUGCACGCAAGUCCAGCGUAGCUAAAGAAACUAGUCCAAUUAAAAACAACGGUGACCGUUCACGCAGUGUUCGACGCUCACGAGAUAGAAGCGAUCGUGAUUCUAGCCAGUCGUCUGAAAAAAUUCCAAAAGCUCGUGAAAGUUCGGGACGUCGUUCAUCUGUUGAAUAUACAGGUCCUUCGGUGAAAACUAUUGACCUAUCCAAAGAGGAACGUAGUGAAUAUCGCAAAUCUAAGGCAGAAUCUGCUCAAAGAGAAUCAAUCCAAGUCAAAAAACAGGCACCCCCAGCAGUUGCCCCCACUGCUGCUCUAACCAUACGCAAUGAGAAAUUACGUGCUAGGUACAGCUCGAGUUUGUCUCGCACACCGUCACCGUUUUUGAAGCCUCACGAGCGCGAAAAACUGCAGGCGAACUCUGGAAAGAAGCCGCAAGAGAAGAAACCUCAAAAAAGCCAUAAAGAAAGUUAUUCAUCCUCUUCGGAUAGUUCUGGCGACAGUGAUGACAGUGAAGAUGAGGAAGAACGUGAUGCGAUAGAAAAGGCUAAAGAGUCGAAGAUGAAGAGUAGAGAAUUAAAUACAAAAUCGAAGAGGCGCAAGUCUGUAACAAGUGAAGACGAAUCCGAUGAUGAUAGUGAGGAUGAAAAAACCAAGAAAAAGUCGAAUUCAAAAGGUUCGAACAAGGGUCUGGCAGGCAUAGAUCUAUCUGCAAGUGCCAAGGCAGGGCGUAAAGAAAGAGUCACAUCCGCUGAAGAGAUUCGAGAAGAGAAAAAUGAACUACCAGGUAUUCGCGCAAAAGGCAAACUACUUAAUGAUUUACCAGAAGUAACGGUUCAAAGUAGCUCGAAGGGACAUAAGAAAUUACCUGAGAAAAAUCCAAUAAGAGACAAUGAUUCUUCCAAUUCAAGCGAUGAUUCGGACAAAGAAGAUUCAGAAAGUAAAUUAACUGAAACUAAAUCGAAACAAGCAGCUUCCCGCAAGCGAACAGCGUCUGUUUCAGGUUUGAAAAAGUCAAAACGCGUAUCCUCAGACUCCGAUGAUGAACAAGUUUCAAAGAAGAAACGUAAGAAGGCAAAGAAAACAUCCAAACGAAACUCAGAUGAUGAUAGCUCUUCGGAUUCUGAGGCUGAGGCAUCAUCGAAGAAGAAAAAGCAUAAGAAGCAUAAAAAACACAGCAAGAAGAGUAAGAAACACAAAAAACACAAGAGGAAGAACAAAAAAGCUGACAGCUCCUCAAGCAGCGACGAAGAAGAAGAAAUUCGGGAACGCGUCGGCAAGGCCACAUCAGCGUCCUUACUGCUCGGUGGAGUUAACGAGGAUUUAGAGAAACAGUUGCGUGAAAGGGCUUUGAAAUCGAUGAAGAAGAAUGAGUAAAGGCAUGUAAGAAUGAAUGAAUUACCAUUUAUAGACAAACAGACAGACAUGUGCCGUAAUGACUGGAUACAUAACUGUAUGAUGCUCCACAUUUCAUCAAUUUUAAUUUUUUUACGAGCUCCACAAAAUAAUUUAGUUUUUAAUCCAUACAACAUUAGUACUGAACAUAUUUAGUUGGAUUGCGCCAGAGAUUCCCCGCUUCUGCGAUCCCGGAUAAUCUUAUUGUUCCAAUUUUCAAUGCAAUCGCAAUUCAUCAUGGAACAACUAUGUAGUUGUUUACAAAAUAUAAUAUUUAUCAUCGCAUGCUAAGGAAUUUGUAACAUACAUACAUACAUACUUAUAUAAAUAUAUUUAAUUUUGUUGUAGCAGCAAAAAUGAGCAAUUCAAACAGAUUUGGGUGUCCUUCCUGAGCAGAGAGUUACAUAGUAUAACACCAGGAUAUUUGAAUGCUAUAAAAAUAAAAAUAAAAACGUUUAAUUUGAGUGUUGUCAACACA